AUUUAAAUAAUGUAAGUGAAAAGAAUCCCAGAAUCCCUUCCAGAGCUAGGUGUAUCAGCCAAUACCAUAUCAAACAUGACAUUCCUCUUUUCUUUCCCAUGGAAGAAUGCAGUGAUAGGUUUUUAGUCUAACUAGAGGAUGCAGUGAUAAGUUUUUAAUCUAACUAGAACUGCUCGUGUUGCACUAGGCUGUUCCAGAAGUGAUUAGUACGUGAAGGGAGAAUGGGAUUGCUGCAUCCACGUUUGCUUCUAGCUUAAGUUUGGGAUCAGCUCGUUUGCUAGCUGAUGAGACCUGUAGGGGAGAAAAAAGAAUAAUAAUGCCAAUGAACUCAUGAGACCAUAGAGCAAAUUAAUCCAAUCUGAUGAAGUCUAAUGACGUCGUAAAAUGCGACCUGAGCAGGCAUGAGAUUUCUGUUAAAUGUUGUUACUUGGACAUUUGGAAUCUCAUCUCCUUUGCCAUGCUCUGGAGGUUUUGGGCUACUCCAGAGCUUUAGUCCAAGCCAGGAACUUGACAGCCAUCAGUCUCCAAAUGAAAUCAGUAUAGCCAAAGGAUCCAGAGCCCUGGGAACAAGCUUCCAAGUAGCAGUGAUCAUUGGGAACCCUGCCUGUUUCACUCUUCAUAAAUCAAAGUUUUUCCAGGGUAGGACUUUUUUCAUCUUAAAUUCCUCUUUGGUAAGGUCACCAAAUACUGUAGAAGGUACAGCUUGAAUCCGGUGAUGCUUUCCACUAUAGGACUGUGCAUUUCGACUGAAGCAUAAGGGCUGUGGGACUUGGCCCUUGAUUUAUGGCUUGCAGUAUUUCAGCUUCACUCAGGUUUUUGGAUUUGUAUCAAGCACAUGUGCACUUACACAGAAAUAGAUAACAGGAGACAUCUCAUCAGCCAGGGCAGAGAUGAAAUAGAUUUCUCAAAAGUAAGGAAUGUUGCUUUUGAAAAAUCUAUUCAUUCUGUGAAGUUUCCAAAUCGGCACAGAAAUAUAAAUGCUUUUUUUGUUUUUGCUUUGGUUUUUUUUGUUUAAUGAACUGCCAAGAUCUGAGCUAGUACUAGUUACGCUCUGCUACUGUUUAUCAAGAGUAUUUGAAGAAUAAAAAGAAAGGAGCUCCACUUUGGGUACUGGUGGUGUGCAAGUACAACAGGGUGUAAUGCUGCUGAAGAAGUUCCUUUGGUUCCUGUAAUGAGCUUGGUGGAAAUAAAAAGUAAUACACAGCAGCUUUUAGGCUUUGUGGUGGGACAUAGUACCUGGCAAGUGAAGCAGUGGAUUACGUGCUGCUUUAGGUGCUGGUGGUAAACGUGACUAAAUGCUGCAGAGGGAAGUCUGAGUAGUAUUUCAUCGUAGGUAGGAAGAGCAUGGAUCAGCCUUGAAUUCACAGUACCAUUGUUGAAGUGGAAAACGACUUUGGUAAAACCCAUUUUGUGCCAAGCUUAGAUAGCCUGUUGUUAGUGAUGUAGCUUCCAGGAAUUCUUUUUCCUCCAGACAGUCAGUUUUAGGGGAGUGGAAAGAAUGCCAAGUCAGAGCUUAACAGGGAGAAAGUAGAAGUCGCUUUGCCAGUGUGCCGAGUUGAAAACAGUGGGCACAGCAAGGCAGUUCAGGUUAAAGUGUCACCUCUGUCUUGCCCAGCUGUAUCUUGAUUUGAAAGGUGAGUGCAUUCCGCAGGUUUGCAAAGAUAAUAAGAAUUUGCAGUUGUGUGCUACAAAUAAGAUGUUUGAUCUCAAUGAAGUGGGUUUUUUUUUCUGUCUUCCUGAGCCAGAGCUGAUAAAAGGAUUGUUGGUGCUUGGAGCAUGAGGAGAUGCGAGGGGAGCUGCCCUGUAGCUGAGCCUUCUGUGGGUAUGAAGGGCCCGGGCAGACCUAAGCUCACCCGUGCGGGCUGAAUGGGCAGGCCUGCAGCAGCAACACCACUUAUGGAGCAGAGGGAGAGGCUGGCCUUCAGCUCAUGGCCUCUUGAUACCUGCGGCUGAAAAUGCUUUUGUUUCCAAGUAUAAUAUGAUUAAAAUAAACUUAGUGUGCUGGGCUCCUAUGCCUUGUUACACCAAUCAAAUUCUCUUUAUUUUUGCCAGGAUAGCUUUGUACCUGCACGAGCAUUUUUUAUCCAGAGAUAUUAAAACUUUGGGUUUGGCUGUUUUCGAUUUUUCCUUUAGCUGUAGAAAUUUCGAUGUGCCCUUUUGAAAUUUUUUUUUUUCUGUGGAAUCCUUACGCAGUGUUCCUCUGGGAACUUGCUUUUACACAGAGAAUCUGCUUUGUAAACAGGUCGUGGAUUUUCCUUGCAGGAGAAAGGAAGGCAAGAAGCAAGAGAGAAACAUGAUUCAUAGCUUGUGUUUACUCUUUGGUGGAGCUAACUGUGCUUCAUAAUAUGCGGUCAUGGGACAAUAAGCACUGCCCGUUCCCUCGGUAUUUGGGGAGGAUUGCUGUUUGUUACUAGCUGCUAGCUUACAUCUUCGAAGGUCACAAGUGGGCAGAGGGCCAGGAGCGUGCUUUGACUGCUGCGGCACCGGCAGGGUCACUGCCAGCCUCUCAAAGGUGAACACGGAGCAGGACGAUGUAGAAAGCUGCUUUCUCUGAAUCCCAUCUACCAUCGUCUUCCCUAGACUUUUUCUAGAUCCUGCCCCUGUAGGUACAGAGUUCACUUGAACUGGAAGUGUUAAGCAUUUAGCCAGCUUCUGUCUGAUGUCUGUGUGUGUCUUGGCCUUGCUGUGGAUGGGAGAGCUCUUCUGCUUGUGCUACUCCUUGUUUCUUCUUGGGAGAGUUGCUUUUUGGUUUAUUUAACAGCUUGGCCUCAUCUGCAGUGUCUGAACAGCCACAGAAACCACGUCAUCCAUGGCACCUGCAUCUGCAGUGCUCUCGGAAGGCGCCUUCCUUUUCUGUUGGCAUCUGUUGAAACUACACAAGAGUUUUCUUCUCCUUUCCCCCUCCGGACACUUGUUUCUGUUACCAAACCUCCUCUGCUUUUUGCAUGCCAAGCGCAAUAAAUAUUGCUAAGGUCUGCCAGCCGAACUAUGCAAAUGGAGUUGUGCAUAUGGGGUGUGCUGAGGGCUGAAGACAAAAAUUUCCAAUUAUUUGAAGGAGUCUGCACAACCUGAACCCUUCCUGGGGAUGCGAUCCAGCUGCUGGGGUGUAUGUUCACCUGCCAGCUUUCACAGGCUUUGGAAGCUGCAGGAAGGGGGGGAAAUGGUGUCUGAUGUGACCCGUGCUCCAGCCUCCUAAAAACGGAGAUGGUUUGUGCUGUGUUGAGCUGUGUGAUGGUUCCUUGGUGCUGCCUGGAGCAGAGCUCUCCCCUCCCGCAUCCCAAAGCCCUUGAGUGAGUGGCGCCAGAAAAUGAGUAAAAGUAGAAACGAGCAUUUUGGAGUUGUGAAGACACAGUGUUUGCCGUAGGGAGUGUGAGGAAGGCGCCGGGACGAUGCUCGUGAUGCUUAAUGGAGUCAGGCAGGAGCCCUUUGUGCUGAAGUGAAACUCUUCAAAAACACCCCUAAAGCACCUUUAUUUUAGGACCCUCCCCGCUCUGAAGCUGCAAAGCACAUCUCCGGAGGUGGCAUUAAAACCGGAGGGGUGAGGGGCAGCUGGUGCUGGCUCAUUACGGCUAAUUGCAGAUGGUGUGCAGCUGCGGUGGGGGACAGGGGCUGCAGCCUGAGACCAGCGCUGCGCCUCUGGCCCUACAAAGACUUGCUAGAGAUGGGGAACAAGAAAAAGCCACCCCAAACCUCUGAGACCACCACCACCACACUCCCCCACGGCUUUCGACGAAGCCUCCAGCCCCACACAAGAUGCUGGGGCUGUCCCCCGCCACCUUCAAGGCCCAGCACUGCAGACUGUUUCUCCACAGAGCCCACACGUGGACACCGCAGUCGUCCCCUGGUCCAGGUGCCUUGAGAAGCAAUGGCCACAGCGGCUCUCCUGAACUUAGCACCAUCUCACUUCUACUUCCCUUCAAGCACGGCAGCUGCUUUCUUGUGGACAAACACCAUAGACAUGCAUGUCACCAGGCCAAAAUCUGCCAAGGGACGCACGAGGUCAAGCUUCAAUUACUCUCAGAGCGUGGAAGCCUGUCCUUGCCGAGUGCCAUCUUCCCCGCCACCAGCAGCUCCUCAUGAGGUGGUUAACAGCCAGAGAGCAUCGUUCACAAAACCAGCAUUCCCAUCUGGCCAUGUGUCUCCUGAGGAAAUCCCAGAGCUCCUGCAGCAAAUACCUUUGAGGAGCUCCUCUUCCCUGAACAAGUACAGGGUGCUCCCCUCUAUCGGCUGGAAAGGUGAAGGGAGUGGCACUGUGGAUGCAGUGGCUGAACAGACCAACCAGCUGAAAGUGAACAGGGAGCUGGAGGACACUCCGAAAAUCAAAACUCUUUCUGGGGAAGAAGGAUCUGCCAGCACAUUGCCAGAAAGCGAUGUCCCCGCUGAAGAGAGCUCACAGGUGCAGUGUCCCCCCAAGAAACUGGGAAUGCAACUGAGGCAGGAGAGCCCUUCGAUGUUGACUGUAAAUUUGGAAGAGCCUCCGAAAGAAGAGUCGCACUUGCUGCUCGCUAUUCGAUCUCCCUCUGGUCAGAGAUUUGAACAUCAUUUCAAGCCCACUGACAGUCUCCAGACGGUCCUUGCUGUGGCAGAACAGAAGAUGUCAGCCAAAUACAAACGCUGCAGUGUUGAAACGAUGGAGGUGCCUCGAAGGAGUUUCCCUGACCUUACGAGGUCCCUCCAUGAAUGUGGGAUUCUCCACAAGUCCGUGCUGUGCAUCUGCCAGAAAGAGCAGCACGAUGCAGGUCUUUAGGUGCACAGAGACGCUGCUGUGGGUCUUUCUGCUGAGUGGGAUGCAUUACUUCUUUUGAAAAACAGCCUGGUAUUUUCUGGGCCUACUUCAUCUUGCCACCUUCCAAAAAUUCCCCUUGAAGCACACUUGUGUAAACAUGUUGAAACAGUAUUUCGAGUGUAUAUACCUGCUACAUAAGUAGCAUCUUGUUUCAUGUGUGCCAUCACAAAUUGCGUCCUGAGCACCACCAACCUUUGGCCUUCUGGGUUUCUUGAAAGUGCUGAUGAUGUUCUUUGAAGACUGAAGUUUCUGAGACCUCUCCCCAUGUCCUUUUCUAUUAUGGUGGGAAGGUGCCACUUCCCAGAGUGGAUCUGCGUGCAGAGGCACUUAUUUGGGAAGGUAAAAACAAAACUGUGUUAUUCUGGAGCACCAUCUUCACCCUAAACAUCUUCUUGAGUGCGACCGAAAAGGAGAUCAAACCCCAAACCCAUCUGGAAAUAACAGUGAUUACACAUUAACGGAUUAAUGUGAAGUAUUAAAUUGCCAGACCGAUGGUAAUACACCUGUGAGGGCUCAGCUCUUUCUGGAUAACCUCAGUGCAGCUUUUAAGAGUGACUACAUCACCUUUUUAAGAACAGCUAGUCAUUAUUUUGGCUGUAUUGGUGAGCAGCAGGAUUUUCUACUUAGUUUUCCUUCUCUCAUUCAACUCAUGCUCCAUAAGUAAGAAUAGAUGGAUAGUUAAGAUGGGAUGUUACGUAAUACUUCCAUUUAACACCUUUACACUGAAAUGAGUGAGUCCAAGCAAGCAAGGGGCUGCUUUGAGAAAUUUUAAAUAAAAAUACAUUAAUUGGAUUUGACUGAGGAAUUGGCUUAUGCAGUAGACUGUGUUUUACUAUGCUACCAUCAAAAAAGGCUGAUAGGGUAACCUGGCAGGUUUAGAUAAACACAGUGCUAAAAAAAAUACCUAAGUUUCUAAUGGAAAUACAUAUGGUUCAAAGGCAGUAUUUCAAUCUACUAAAAAAACCCGAUAGCUUGCUACACAGAUAAGCUAGCUGUAAUAUUCGGAGGUAAACCUGACUUUUUUUUUUUUUAACCUCAGCGUAACUGGAGCAGCAGUAGAAAGCUGAUGCUGGGGUUGACCAGGAGUAUAGUGGCUCAUUCUAAAGCCAAGUGUUUGGGGUCCAGUGGCUUUAUGAAAAUGGUACCUGAUGGAACAGCAUUGCCUGCUACUGUGGGUGAUGGUAACUGCGCUGUGGCAAUCCCCAUGUUCAGGGAGAUCAGGAUAUCCGAACAUGUGGGGGCUUGUAAUCAAACCUCAGUGGGGAGCAAAGCAUUUCAUGUUUCGAGAGCAGGAACCAUUUUCUGUGUUUCAUUUGGCGUUAGGUGGUUAAUUCCCUUAUUAUGAUUUUGUGUAUACUGUAUUCCUUCUCCAUUUCAGAGUGUUUUCAUACUGUGUGGUAGUGUAAUCAAUAAAACCUUUCAGGCUGAAACCUGAACUUGGAAUGGUUUAUGUGAACAGGAGGUUUAGCCAUCGCAUAUUCUCUUAAACAAGAAAUGCCGUUAACUUGAUGGCAAAUACCUCAGGGACCGUCCAAAUCAGAUUUUGGGACGGUCAGCUGCCAUUCACACCACCUUGCAAGUGCCUUCCCGGAGUUUUUCUCUCUGUCCUCUAUUAAAUACAAGAUUGCAGCAUGAAAGAAGCACUUUGGAUCAGUGACUGCCUACUGCUAACAACAGAGACAGGGCAAACCACCACGCAGGCUUGAGAGCAUACAGGGCUGAUGUUCUUCCACUUCUGCUCUUGGUUAAAACAACUUGGAUCACAGUGGACAGCACUUCUUGUGCUAGGGGAUAUUCCUCCUGAAUAUCUCCAUCUAAGAUGAAGCUGAAUGAGUUUGGUCCUCUAACCAACUUACCCCAGGCUACAGCAUCUCCCAAGAGGUGCAUUUUAAUUAUUCCCUUUUCUAAAAACCCCAUCAGGCAAGUGCAGAGCAGGGAAAACACCUCUCUUCUCCCUGCAUUGUCCUUCCCAUCCCUUCCAAAGUCAUCUGGGCAUGCAGGGGAUGAUGCCAACUCUGCCAACUCCAGCACGAGAAGGAAAAGAAGAGUAUUUAUGUCACCUCAUUUAUUGUGUGGUAUCACUUAAAGAGCCUCCUCCUGGGAAGUUUUUAAAAAUUUCAGCAUUAAAUCAGAUGAAGUUCAGUCUGUCACAGGAUGCUUUGAGAAGGUCAUAAAUAGAAAAAAACACCAGGACUCCCAGCUGGGAACGUCCUUACCUAAGGCUUUUAAACAACAACAAAGUAUUCAAGCAAGAAAUUAGCCAAGGCAUUGUUCAGUAUGUGUUCUUUAUUCCAAUUAAAAGUACAUUAGAAACAGCACACAGGACCAGCAGCAGCUUUCAUGACAAUUCAACCCAAUACUCUGCUGUCACGAGGUCAUUCAACUGUACUAUUAAAGUAGGUGAUUGAAACAAGUCUUCCACUCGACACGCAAGCACUCACUCACCUGCCACUUUAAAUAGGUUUCCAACAGAAUAAAAAUAGAUACACCCCAGAAUACAAAAAGUUUAAUUUUAACAGUUGUUUUUUUUUUUUUUCACUAAAGCCUUUAUACAAAUUGAUAAAAGGGUGCACAA